UUUUUUUUAUCUGCACCUUUAAUUUGUUCUCAUUAACACUCUUUCCUCGAAAAUUUCUGCUCCUUUCUCCCCUUAGCUUUAUUCUCUUUCCAUCACAUAUAAAUACUACCUACCUAUUCUACUUUCUUUUGUACCAAACUAAUUUCCAUUUUUCAAAAUCAAUAAAAAAUCAAUAGGUUCUUUUACGUUUAAUGAACAAAAAUGGCGUCCCAAAAUGGUGUAGUGUUCGAAGAUUUUUUCCCUGCCAUGGUUGAGAAAUUGGGGGCUGAAGGUUUUAUGAAGGAGCUGUGUAAUGGGUUUCAUUUGCUUGUGGAUGGAGACAAGGGAGUGAUCACUUUUGAGAGCUUGAAGAGGAACUGGCAACUGCUUGGUUUGCAAGAUAUGAGUAAUGAGGAGAAGAUUUGCAUGUUGAGAGAAGGUGAUUUGGAUGGUGAUGGUGCUUUGAAUGAGAUGGAGUUUUGUACCCUCAUGCUUCGGUUGAGUCCUGAGUUGAUGAACAGUUCAAGAAAUUGUUGGUAGAAGCUAUUGUCAAUUUCUACACCGUUUAUCAAAAUAUUAAUCAGGAUUUUGAACUUCAUUUCGCUUUCAUUUUCGUCAUUUUUGUCCCCAACAUUUGCCAAUUAUAAGUAGCCAUUUUUGCAAUUAAGGGCCCCAUCAAUUUAUCUUGCUCUAAGCGUUGGGUCAAUAUUGCCCAAACAUGGAUCGCAACAUCCAACCUCCAGAUCAGACCAGACAGGCCAGAUCGGCCCAAUUCCCACCAUUUGUUUUCAAUCAGCCUUUACUGGAAUUGAAAGUGUUUGUUGGCUCCAAAAAUAAUGUCAUUACAUUCUGAAUUUGCUGAUGAGUAAAUGGAUAAACAAAAGUUUCCACCA